CCGCGCCUCGCCCCGCGCCGGCCCGGUGCCUGUGCCCCUCCAGAGGCGUGAUGGCGCUGCACUGCAUCUCGACCGUGUCGCGCUGCUGCCGCGUGCAGCCGCUGCCGUUGUCGGCGGCGCGCGCCGGCCUGCCGGCUGUGCAGGCGGCGCUCAUCACCGGCCGCACGAUGCGCGGCGGUCCCAAGAGCUGGCCCCGCCCGCCCUGGCCCUACAAGGAGAAGCCCUACCGUGGCCUCAAGUCGUUCUUCGACACGACGCGCAGCCGCUGGGACGAGAACACGCGCCUGAUCGUGGUCGAUGGACCGAUCGCCUCCGGCAAGGAGGAGGUGGCGCGGGCGCUGGCCGACGAGUUCGAGAUGCAGUACAUGCCGCCCGCCUCCGCCGAUCUCAUGUACAUCAACGACUACGGCUACGACCUACGGCAGCUCAACGAGCGGCUGCCGCACAAGGUGCAGCUGAUGCAGGUGGACGAUUUCCUCAAGAAUCCCUACGACAUUCGCAUGGCUUCGUUCCAGAUCACCUGGUUCGAAUUCAAGCUGUCUCAGUACAUUGACGCGCUCGCCCACCUCCUCAACACGGGUCAGGGUGUCGUCAUGAACAAGUGUGUGCUCAGUGACUUCGUCUACAUGGAGGCCAUGUGCAGAGCCGGCUUCGUCAGCCGUGGAGCGCGGAGCGUUUACCGGGAGAUUGCCCAGAACACGCUGGUAUUCAUGCUGCGGCCUCACCUGGUGAUCUACCUCGACAUCCCCGUGGAGGAGGUCAAGAAGAGGGUCAAGGCGCGCGCCCGACCUCUGGAGGUUGGCUCGCCGGCGCUGACUGACGGCUUCCUGAACGCCGUGGAAGACACGUACAAGAACAGCUGGCUGAAGACCAUCAGCGAGCACUCGGAGCUGCUAACGUACGACGUCUCCAAGGAGUUGAUCGUCGAGCACAUGGUGGACGACAUCGAGAAGCUGGAUUUCACCCAGUACGGCUACAACACCAACAAGAUGGAGGACUGGGGGCGCAAGUCGGACGACGACUGGGACAGCUGGCGCACGCAGUACACCAACUACAAAUCACACCUGAUGAUGAACAUGAUGGUGCCUCGGUUCGACGUACCAGAACUUCUGGGAGAGCAGGAGGACAUGAAGAUAGCAGAUGAACUAAUAAACGAGGAGGCCCCUGGCCAGAAGUACCGGUACGGCUUCAACCCGGACAUGGGCGACUCGGUGCUGUUCAAGCUGGGUGAGGGCGGCAAGUACCGCGACACGACGCGCUACUGAGCGCGUUGAGCGCACCUGCGGGGCGCGCGCCAGCCAUGGACGGGCGCGGACCGGCCCGGCCGGCCGUCGUGCUUCGGGCCGGGCCUGACGUCCGUGUAGAGGCUGCCUGUAGCCGAGUGGGUGCCGUUUUUAUCAGCCGUCUGCGCUGUAAUGUACAUGCCUGUACAGUGGCCGUGUCCGGCAGUAAUAUAUGCGAGAGUGGA